UUCAGGGCUUUAUACCAGAAAGCUCCCGGACUUGGAAAGCUAUGGCAGAAAAACCUAAGAGGCGUCCAAGAAAAGUUUCUGACGCUCCACAGAAAAAAAGAAGCUUUGUGUUCGGAGGAAGGAUUGAAGUAAAAAAAAAAAGAAGAAGAAAAGAAAAUGACAACAAUCGACAGAGAGGACAAACAAGUAUGAUCAUUGUAGUUUUCCUCGGCGAGCGCUGAAAGAAUAUAAGCAAUGAAGGAGGAGAUACAACUUUUUCACUGCAGGUAUGCUGCGUUCCGGACAACUCAUAAAUACAGGUUUUCCGACCUCCUACUAGGAAAAAGUACAACGGAACGCCACUCAGAUCGGAGUCCAUCCAUCCACCCAUCAUUAUCCAAACGGCAAAUCGGAGUUCAUAUUGGUAAACUCGGGGCAAAUCCAUCUACACAGACUUCAUGGAGAAGCAGUUGUCUGACGUCACACAACAAUGGCAGCCCCCAUUGGAGGCGCACAGUGUUAAUAGUAAACCAUCAACUGAGGCAAGGGGAAAAAAUGAGGCAAGCUGGAUCAUGUUGUCCUAUCUUGGAGUCAAGGUUGGAGCUGCAAGAAAGAAGUACGACGUGAAGUAUCCUACUAUGUACAGCGAUAAGGAACAGGUGUUCAACUGCAUCCAGAGAGCACACCAGAACACUCUAGAGGUGUAUCCACAAUGGCUCGUCUUCCAGACUAUUGCGGCUCUUGUCUAUCCAUUAACAGCAUCUAUUCUGGGGGCCAUCUGGGUGUCCAGUAGGUUUUCCUAUGCUUGGGGCUACUACACAGGAGAUCCUGCCAAGAGAAUGAAUGGUGCCUAUGGGUAUAUUGGAUACCUUGGAGUUAUUAUUCUUUCCAUCUCUAUUGCCUUGCAAUUGCUUGGAGUCUUUUAGUUUAGCUGGUUAUUAGGUUAUGUUCACCCUUGUAACUAAAUACUGUGAAUCAAUGUACAAGGGGCUAUAUUUCUUUACAAGUUUGAAGCUUAAUAUACAUUUUGUGUACCACUAAAUCUUUUUAUUGCGGACCACUAAGUUUUCAUUUAUUUCAAACAUUUGUUGUGUGUGCUCCAUUUAAUGAACAACCAUUGCAUGGCAUGAAGAAAUAAAGAGAAAUAUAU